CAGAGAAGGAACAAUAUGAAAGUAGUUUUCAAAGAAAAAUCUUUCCUCUGUUCCCAAUGUAAUAAUUAAGCUCUUGAUUCCUUUUCCGAUUAAUGAUCCAAUCGAAAUGAUGAUCAAACUAUCGUUACGCUAUAAAAAUGAACUGUACGGACCUGAACCGUGACUAAACCUGCUUGAAUACAGAACUGACCUCGAGAAAUCCAUUCAAGACAAUAAAAUGUUAUAGCAGAAUGCCGAGUUUGACUGUGUCAAAUUGUUGUGUGAAUAUUUUUUGUGGUUCAGAUUGAAACAAUAUCAGCUACAUCCGUUUUUCAGUUAUGCAAGUGUAUAAUCUCUUAUAGAACAGUGAAAUCAAACGUUAAUCCAACAGUUUAAGCUGAAUAACCUUCAUGAACGUGUGGAAUAUAUGAAGAAGUGCCGGUAUAUGCAAAGUUAAUUUCAAUACAUUCAAAGAGAUUCAGAUUCUUUCCUAUUAAUAAUCUUUUCGUCAAACUGGAUUGUCAGCAAAGGAAAAUUCAAUAGGAGUUAAGGGAGUUGCUCGUGAUUUCGAUAAAAAUAACACAAAACCCAAAAUGAGUGAAAUUCCUCCAGAAUUCGAAAAUGCUGGUCAGAACCAUGGUAUAGAAAUAUGGAGAAUUGAGGAUUUCAACCCAGUUCCAUACCCAAAGGAUCAAUAUGGAAAAUUCUAUGAAGGAGACUCCUAUAUCAUCUUAUCUACUAAAAUUUUUGAGAAUGAUGCAAAGGAAUGGAAUUUACACUACUGGAUAGGAUCAAAAACAUCUCAGGAUGAAGCUGGAGCUGCUGCAGUUCUAACAGUCCUACUGGACGAGUCACUAGGUGGUGUGCCAAUUCAAUACCGUGAAGUCCAAGAGCAUGAAUCACAACUCUUCAUUUCCUAUUUCAAGAAUGGCGUUCGUUAUCUACCAGGCGGUGUUAAAUCAGGUUUCCAUCACGUUGAUCCAGAUUCCUUCGAAAAGAAAUUAUACCAUGUGAAGGGCUCAAGAAAUGUGAGAGUGAAACAGGUGGAUCCUAGCAUUUCUUCGAUGAAUAAUGGUGAUUGUUUCAUUCUGGAUGCUGGCAAAAACAUUUAUGUUUAUGAAGGCACUAAAAGCCGAAGAAUUGAACGGUUGAAGGCUGUAACUGCUGCUCAACAAAUACGAGAUGACGAUCAUGCAGGACACUCUAAAGUGGAAAUAAUCGAUGAAUCCAGUUCUGAUAGGGAGAGAGAAGAGUUUUUCGAGAUUCUUGGUUCUGGUUCGCCAUCGGAGGUACCUUCAGAAUCAAAUGGAGGUGACGAUCAACAAUUUGAAGCCAACCAAGAACGAACAACAUCCCUAUACAAGGUGUCAGAUGCUUCUGGCGAACUAGAAAUCGAAGCAGUGGGAGAAAAACCUUUACUGAAAUCAUCAUUAGACACCAAUGACUGCUUCAUUUUGGAUACUAUAGAUUCCAAUAUCUUCAUCUGGAUAGGUAAAAAGUGCAACACCGUCGAAAAAACCAAUGCUAUGAAAAUCGCGGAAAAGUACUUGAAAUCCAAAAAUUAUCCUUCUUGGACACAUGUUCAGAGGAUUGUGGAAGAGGCUGAACCUACAGCUUUCACUCAAUACUUCAAAUCAUGGGAGGGCCCAAGACCAUUUAGGAGUAGAGUUGUACGUGAAGCUAGCAGUGAAGAAGCAGAAGGUUGGGAAGCAAGACUCUUUCACGCCUCGAUCAAGCAUAACAGCAUGCAAUUCGAUGUAGAUCAAAUUUUCGAUUUCGAACAAAAAGAUCUCAAUCCUGAUGAUGUUAUGAUUUUGGACCUUGGCACCAAAGUUUACUUAUGGAUCGGGAAAAAUGCUAGUGACCAAGAAAAACUGAAAAGCGAAAAAUUAGUCACGGCAUAUUUGGGGAAAUUUGGCAGAGAUGAAGUUCCUGUAAUAACAAACAACCAAGAAGAGGAAGACGAAAAAUUCAAGAAACAAUUUCCCUCUUGGAGUAAUGAUUUUUGGGCGAUGAACCUAUAAUUUUUAAGAAUUUCUUGUUAUGUAUUGUAUUUAGUGCACGUAUUUAUUUCUUAUUUUCAUAUAGCAUUAACUACCUCGCUUUACAAGGUAAUGCAUAGUUCUUUUAUAUAGAAAAUUGUGAUUUAUUGAAUCAAAAUUUACGUUUAUAGAUUGAGAUCAAUCAUGAUAUCAUGGAUAUAUUAUUAAUAAAAGCUUAUUCCAUUGUU